AUGAAGAAUCAAGAAAGCAUUUCAAGUGAUUAUGAUACAAAGUGCAAAAAUGACACUUUCCAUUUUGAUAACCAUGUGGAAGGAGAAGCAAGUAAAGAAGUAAAAUCAGAUGAAGAAGUAAAUCCAAGUGAAGAAGUAAAAUCAGGUGAAGAAGCAAAGCCAGGUGAAGAAGCAAAGCCAGGUGAAGAAGUAAAAGCAGGUGAAGAAGUAAAGCCAGGUGAAGAAGUAAAAUCAGGUGAAGAAGUAAAUCCAGGUGAAGAAGUAAAAUCAGGUGAAGAAGUAAAUCCAGGUGAAGAAGCAAAGCCAGGUGAAGAAGUAAAAGCAGGUGAAGAAGCAAAGCCAGGUGAAGAAGUAAAAGCAGGUGAAGAAGCAAAGCCAGGUAAAGAAACAAAUGGGGAAGCCAUCCCAAACCGUGUCAGCAAAAUGGCGACACUGAAGAAAAGAAAAAAAUUCGAUGACACAUCCAAUAGCGACAAAAAAAAAAAAAAGAGAGACACCUGUGUUGUGUGUUUCCAAAACAAUGUAAAGUACAAAUUUACAUGCUGCCAUGAAUACUACUGCUCAGUGUCCUGCUAUAAAAAGCACAACAGAAGUUCUUGCAUGGAAUCACAAAAGAAUAAGGAAUGUAGCUUAAAAACGGAUAACAAGAAAUCUAGUCAAAAGGAUGGAAAUAAAAAUAAUGAAGAAUUCGAGAAAUCCGGAAAUUUUGCAGAAGAUGAUGAAGAUUCCGAUCAGGAUAUGCUGACAGAUGAGGAAAAAAAAAAGUUGAAAGAUGACAUAACAUUGAAAAUGCUACUUAAGAAUAAUUAUGUUCGUUCCGUUUUUAAGCACUUCACAUUGUCGAAUGACAAAAUUGGGUACCUAUCCAACUACAUAUAUGACCCCACUGUUGUUCAGGUAAUCGACCAGAUUAUGAAAACGAUGGAGAGUUGA